AUGACGAGACCGGCGAUUUCAGCAGCCGAGAAGUUCGAACAAAACUACCGGCAAAACCUUAAACUUAGUGGCUCCAUAGGACUAGAUGUUUUGGAUUACGGCUAUCGUUUUGGAGGUCGGACGUUGUUGACUCUCAUGGUAGCGAUUACUGCUACAUUCAUGUCAAGUUAUGCCUUUUUGUUCGGGCUCUAUCAGGCUGAUAUGCUGAAGGUGAUGGAUGUGAUUCCGUUCUUCAUGAUAAUAUUUCAAGGCGUCAUGGAGGCCAUGAAGCGGAUGUUGAAUCCGACGAAAUAUAGGGUGUUGUUGGAGAAAUCAAAGCGACUAUUUGAACACCUCAACCAAAAUGAAGGAAAUAGUAAAGAGCUGUACGAUGCAUUACAGUAUACGCUAACUCUCCAGCGUUUGCUGGUAUAUUGGUAUAGCAUUAUUUAUGUAAUAGUGAUUUCGAUUACGUUUGCCAUUUCGUUCGUCGGAGAAAAGCAACUACCAAUGCCUUUGCUCUUGCCGGGAAUCGAUGAAAGCUCUACGACAGGAUUCAUUCUGCUCACGGCCAUUGAUUUAGUGCAGAUGAUUGUGGGCAAUCGAGGAUACAUAACGUUUGAUAGUCACUUCCUGUUUAUGGUAUUUCCAAUCAGUGGCUACGUCAAUGCUAUUGAAAAUGAGAUCAAUACGCUGAACUCGAUGCUGAACGCUGUGACUCGCGAUCAGAAAGCAAUAUCCGCUCAGUUUCUUCGAAUUUUUUCGCUGCACCAAAUGCUGGACGAAUUCGAGAUUUCAUUCGAGAAUGAGUGGGCUAUGUCGAAUCUUAUGAAGAUUGGGUCAGCUAUUCUUGGAUUAGUGAGCUGUUUGUCACUGGUCUUCGUGGGUGGCUCUGUCCGAACAUACCUUACGCUCGGACUAUUUUUCACCCAAAUGACUCAGUACUGUUUGAUGGGCACCAUUAUAACGGUGAAGAAUGAACACCUCGUGAAGGCACUCUACACCAUUGAAUGGUACUUACUACAUCAUCGGGAGGCGAAACAUUUGGUAUUGAUGUUGCAGAGAGCGCAAAAUGCCCCGUGCGCAACGAUUGGGGGAAUCGCGCCGUUGGAUGUCGAAACCUAUGUGCAGAUCAUGAAGACCAUCUACAGUUUUGUUAUGGCUAUGAUUACAUUUAUGGAAUAGGAGCAUAUGAUAGCAAGAAUUUUGCGAACUUUUGAGCUUAGAACUUGCACA